AUGCAUUUAAAAUUGCUGUUAUAUUUAUUGUAUAUAGUUUUUAAUUUUUCAACAGGAAUAAAUUUAUGGAAAAAAUAUAAUCAAAUUCGUAAAAAAAUAAGUCAAGUAUUGAAUAAACAACAAGGGAGUGAUUUACUUCUUGAUAUUAAUGAAUAUGAAUAUCCAAAAGCAAAUGAAACACUUAGAAAAAUACACAAAGAGUUAUGGCAGGAAUAUUAUAAAUGUUUAAAAGAAACAUAUAAUGAAAUUGGACCAGAAAGAAUUAUGUAUCCAAAAACUUAUGAAGUUCUAAUAGGAACAUUAAUCACACUAAAAUGUCAAAUAUGUAUAUCUCCAAUUGAAAUAUAUACUAGCAAUAAUAUAGAAUGGUAUUUCAAUAAUACUGUAAAUAAUGAAACAAAUAGGCUUAUAGAUGAAACAGACAAUAUAUUUAUUUCACCAGAAGAUAGAGCAUUAAUGAUACGUAAUAUUAAGUCUGAUCAAGCUGGUCAAUACUGGUGCAAAUUUAAAGAUACAAUAUCAAUAUAUUAUUAUAUAUCUAUUGAUACUGAUCUUGAAGGAAUAAGAACUGUAUAUCCUACAACAGCACCUAACAUGCUUCAUGCAAUGCCACAAGAGAUUAUCCCAGAAUAUAAUUUAAAUAUUUAUACAAUGUGGACUAAAUGGUCUUUAUGUUCUAAAUGUAAUGCAAUUGGUAAAAAAAUACGAUAUGGAUACUGCACUCUUUCUUCACAUGAGCAAAUUAUUAAGAAAAACGUAAUAGAAGAAAAAUUGGAAAAUCAUAAAAGACAAACUAUAGAUAAAAAAAAUGAAACAAUAGAAACAGUUCAAAAUCAAAUUAUAAAUGAAAGUGUGAAUAAUAAAAUCAAAAUAGUUUUACGUUUAUUUAGAAAUAGAAUACCAUGUAAAAGUAAAUAUUUACCAAAAGCUUUGAAUAUUUCAAAAAUCAAUGAUAGAAAAACAGAAAUUAUGGUGCAUUAUUGCAAAGUAAAAUGUUCAGAGAAUAUAAUAUUUGAAAUAAGAGAUAAGAAAGGAAAUGUGCUUGAAAGUGCAAAUAACAGUGCUGGUAUAUAUUCUAUGGUUCAAGGGAUGCCUGCUCCAUUAUUACCAGUUAUACGUACAACAAUUUAUAAAAAAUAUAAUAAAAAAGCAACUCUUAUAUGUCUAGGAAACUUAAAUGUGGAUAUACCAAUUAUUUGGAAAAUAGAUGACAAUGUUUUAAAUCCAUCUAUCAUUAAAGAUCAAUCUCAAGGAAGAAUUUAUAUUAAUUCACAAAUGCAUAUAAUUUUCAAAUCUUUGAAAUUCGAAGAUACAAAUAUCUAUAGUUGUUGGCAAAGAAAUAAAAUUGUUAGUGUAAUAAAAUUAAAUGUAACAGGAGAAAUAGAGCUUCAAACAAAUUAUAGCAUAAUUAUGGUUGGUGGAAUUCUAAUAAUUAUUGUAUUCAUGUUUCUAUUUUGGAGAGUAUUUCAAGCUCGUAAACGUAUUACAAUACAUUAACUGUAUAUUGUAUAUUUAAAAUAAAAUAAUUUUAAAAAUAUUAAAUUAACAAAUAUAUCAUAUUAUAUUAAAUUAUAAAAAUAUUAUAUUCAAUAAAAAUUUUCAUAUAA